AUGCUAUGGAAAAUACAAUUUACUCGCGUACAUUUAUUCUUCAUAUUAUUUGCAAUAGUAUUAUUUAUGGAAUCAAUUGGUGCAGCAUAUAUAAUUUCUACAACUCAAGCAAUCGAACGGCAGUUUCAAAUACCAUCGAAAUUGUCUGGAUUUAUGAUCAGUGCCAGUGAUUUGACGUAUAUUCCUACAGUGAUUUUCGUAUCAUAUUUUGGCUCAAAAGGUAAUCGAGCUAAAUGGAUUGGUAUUGGUACUCUGAUUUCAGGAUUUUCACAUUUACUCAUUUCUUCAUCAAAUUUUUUAUUUCCAAUCGAACAACCAAAUUUUAAUUAUACUAAACUUCAAAAUCUCUUAUUUCCUUCCGAAGAACUUUUAUCACCAAAUGUAAACUUUAUACAACUUCUGAACUAUGAACCAAUCAAAGAUCGUAUCAAUGGAACUUUAAGAGAAAAUUUUUUAAGAAAACUUUCUUCAAAUUACUAUUCAUCAAACGUUUUAAAUACACCAUUAAAAAAAUAUUCUCAGCAUAAUGACGAGGUAUUAUCCAAUUGUGAUAAUUAUACGCUGAAUGAGCAGUUACUUUUCAAGAUCGUUCAAGCAAUGCAUACUGUAAUUGACAGAAAUACAAGUAAUAAUGUGAAGGAAGUAAAACUUUUGCUACAACAAUAUGUUCAUGAGCGUGCUGAUAAAACAGUGCAUGAUUUAGCUAAUAUACAAUGUAGUACUCGAGCAUCAUUUGAAUUUUGUUCGAAAAUUAUCAAUAAAAUUCGACAAAUUAUUAAGACUUCAGAAUGUGACAAAACUUCAUUUCAUGAAGGACCACUUACGUUAAUAUUUUUCGGCUUGGUUGUUUUCGGUAUUGGUCGUACCAUGCCAUGGUCGCUUGGUGUACCUAUGAUUGAUGACAACUUUUCUAGACAAAAAAUUCCAACUUUCUUCGCUGGAAUAAGCUUUGUCCGAAUUCUUGGACCUGUAUGUGGACUUUUAAUUGGAAGUUUAUGCAGUAGCUUUUACUAUACAUUCAAAGCUCCCUCUGGACUAACACCGAAGGAUGCAGGUUGGAUCGGUGCUUGGUGGAUGGGGUAUUUAAUUGUUGGUUUGCUUAUGAUCGGACCAUCAAUUGCUUUAUACUUCUUCCCAGUUAGCAGCAAAUUGAUCGAAAAAAUAAAAUUUUCACCAGUAAAUGCCAAGGAUGAAGAUUGUUUUGAACUUUCUAAGAAAGGAGUAUUAUCAAUGUUUGAUAGGCAUCAAGAAAAUACUCAAGGGUUAUCUCUUCAUGAAAAAUUUAAAGCAUUCUACAAAUCCUACAGUAAAAUAUUGCAGUCGAAAGUAUUCACUGGUUUAUUAAUGGGUCGAAUGCUCGAUUUUUUUGCAUUCCGCGGAUAUAUGAUUUUCGUUCCAAAAUAUCUUGAAAUUCAGUUCGAUAUACCUCAAUAUAAUGUGUAUAUUCUUUUAGCAUCUUUUGGAGUAUUUGGAUUCGCUAUGGGAGCGAUAAGUGGAAGCAUAUUUGUGCGAUAUUACAGAUUAAAUGGCCGCCAAAUUGCUAUAUUACUUUUUGUACUAUCUUUAAUUACUAAUAUAUUAUUUUUAAGUAAAGCCUUUGUUGGUUGCUAUUCCACAAGUACUGCAGUUGGCAUUAAUGGCAGGCUUACCAAUUAUAAUUAUACACAUACGUGUAAUUCAAACUGUGCUUGUCAAUCAUCACCGCUUUAUCCAGUUUGUGAUAAGUCAGGAUUUGUUUACUUCUCGCCUUGCCAUGCUGGAUGUCACGAUGUUAAAAUAGUUGAUCUCAAAAUACAUCAACUAGAAUUUUCAUCAUGUGAGUGUGCACCUGAUAAAGUUUUGUCUAAAGAAAAUUGUAAAAGUAAUUGCACAGUAAAAGCAUGGAUAUUUUUUAUCCUUGCAAUGUUAGGUGCAUUUAUUGCUGGUAACUGUUUGGUACCUGGAAUGUUGCUGCUUAUCAGAUCUGUACCUCCUGCUCAUCGAAGUAUUGCUUUUGGCUUGCAAGGUUUUUUAGUAAGUUUGUUUGCAACCUUACCAUCACCACUUGUUUGGGGAGCUAUCGUGGAUACGACUUGUUUAGUUUGGAAUUAUACAUGCCAUGGAACUAAAGGUGCAUGUAUAAUCUAUGAAGCUGAUUUGCUACGUCAACGAUUACACUUCACGUACGUCACUUUCCGUUUAUUAUCAACGCUCAUAGAUCUCUACGUAAUUAAACAUGCUAAUGGCAUAAAUAUUCUCAAUGAGCCAAAUGCCGCUAAUAAAGUUAUGAAUAAUAAAUCACUUUCACCUCUUGCUAAUAAUUCUGUACAUUAA